AUGUUGAUACCAACCAGUGACAUCACGAUUGCAAGUUGUGAUGACCUGGGAGGACGUAGCAAAAAGGAAAACAGAGAAUUAAAAACAGACGGACUUACCGAUGGAAGAUCUGAUGCGAGUGGAGGUGGAUUGGGAUGUCACGAGGAUGAAGGGACAAUAACCGAUGACCCCCCUGAUGAGGAUAAAACAGAAGAUGAAAUGAAGGGAGGGACGGUGGUGAUUAAUGCGAGGAAAUUAUGGGCACCAGCAUUAGCAGGAAGGCCGAUUGGUGCACAGAAGGAUGGAGGGAAAGAGAGCACAAAAAAAGAACACAAUGAAGGUUACAACCGACAAAGAUACAUACCAACCACAUCAUUAUUAAAGCAAGCGUGA